GCAACAAGCAGAAAAUUCAUGUGUCUCUUUGUAUAAUUGGCUGCUGCUAUUGUUAUUCUCAACCGAGCUAUGCGUCCACAGAAUGCUUCCCCAACUUUCUCCUUGAAACAACAUUCUUUGUUGGUGCAAUCAUUUUUUGUACUCGCUCUAAACAUUUUGGUCCCCUAUCUUCUUUUUCCUCGUGCUUAAUCACCCCUUUAUUGAAUAAUUUCCUUCCCUACUGUUUAUUAGAUCAUCUUUUCUAAUGUGGUGGAUUCAAGCACACAAAAAAUUGUCCAGGUGGAUCAAAACUGAGUUACUUUUGCAAAUAUGUGUAUCAUGAGAGUCUCAGAUUAGCAUAAGAGCCUUACUUUCAUAACUGUAUACAGGACACCUAUAUUUGCGCUAUAAUUUCUCUGUUUUAACAGCUGUUAGUCCAUGCUCUUAAAUUUGCCUUCAAAAAUGCUUUGCAGGUGGUGUUUAUUUUUUUAAGAUGCCUUGUCCAAGUCAAAAUAAUCCGAAUGCUUGUCAUGCUUCUACACUAUACAAUAUAUAGUGGAAUGUACAAUGUUAUGUAAUAUUUUUUAUUAUUAUUUUAUUAUAUUAAAAAUAUUUUUUGAUAUAAUUAUUAAAUAAAUAUAUAAGUUCUGUAGUAACUUAAAAAUAUAAUUAUUAAACAACAAUAAUAUUUUGUUGAAAGCUUUACUAGCAAAAAUUUUAUUUUUAAAAAUUUUACUAUCAACAGCAAUCUCAAAUAGAGCUUAUAUCAUCCCUCACCAAAUACGUGCAUCAAAUGUAUUAGUAAAUCAAAUCUGAACUAAAUUAUCAAAAAAUGAACUAAAUUAUCAAAAGGGAAAACUAAAUUUGAACUAAAUUAUCAAGGCUUGUGGGGGAACUACGAACACUGCUGGCAUGGUGGAGUCCAAGCAAAGCCGGGAGUGUAAUGAGCGCAGGCGGGGACAUCCACCACCAGAAUGCCGCCAUCUCAGCCACACUCCUCUCCCUCUCCGACGCCAUCACCUGCAUGCCCCGCCUGAAGCGCAUCCACGCCCGCCUCAUCCGCCACCUCCACCACCUCCCCACCGCCACCACCCAUCUCAUCCUCGCCAAACUCCUCCUAUUCGCCGCUAUCUCCCCCUCCGGCAAUCUCCGCUACGCUUCCCUUCUCUUCUCCAACCACCUCCGCCACCUCACCGCCGGCGCCUUCUUCUACAACACCCUUAUCCGCGGCUACGCCAACUCCCGCUCCCCCUCCCUCUCCCUCUCCCUCUUCAUCUCCAUGCGCCGCCUCUCCGUCCCCCCCGACCCCUUCUCCUUCACCUUCCUCCUCAAAGGCCGCGCCCGCUGCCGCUCCUCCUCCUCCGCCGCCGCCGCCGCCGAUGAAAUCCACGGUCAGGCGCUCAAAUUUGGGUGCCUGGGCUCCCACCCGGCCCACGUCCACGUCCACAACGCCCUCAUCCACCUCUACGCCUCCCGCGCCGCCCCUGACGCGUCCCGCCAGGUCUUCGACGAAAUGCCCUCCCCGGACGUCGUCUCCUGGUCCGGCCUGCUAACCGCCUACCUCCGGGCGCGCGACUCCGACGCGGCGCGGCGCGUGUUCGACGCGAUGCCGCGCCGCGACGUGGUCUCCUGGACGGCCAUGAUCUCCGGGUACGCGCAGGCGCGGCGGCCCCGAGGCGCGCUGGAGCUCUUCCGGGCGAUGCCCGUGGCUCCCGACGAGGUGACCAUGAUUAGCGUGAUCUCGGCUUGCGCGGCCCUCGGGGACCUGGAGGCCGGCGAGCGCGUCCACUGCUACAUCGAGGAGCGCGGGUUCGGGUGGAUGGUCUCCCUCCGGAACGCCCUCGUCGACAUGUACUCCAAGUGCGGCUGCCUCCACAAGGCACGCCAUCUAUUCGACGAAACGAGUACGAAGAGCCUGAUCUCCUGGAAUUCCAUGAUCUCGGCCUACUCUGCCCACGGGGACGCCGACAGUGCCACCGCACUGUUCAACCAAAUGGUGGAGUGUGGUGAGGGAGUGAGACCCGACAGCGUGACGGUCCUGUCAGUGCUGAGUGCAUGCGCUCACAAGGGCUGGGUGGAGGAGGGGCGCAGGGUGUUCGAGGCGCUGAGACAGGGGGAUUACGCCGGGGUGGAGGCCGGGGUGGAGCACUACGGAUGCAUGGUGGACUUGCUGGGCCGGGCAGGGCUGCUGGAGGAGGCAUAUCGCCUGAUCGAAAGCAUGCCAAUUCCGAGCAACGACAUGGUCUGGGGAGCAUUGCUGGGUGCCUGCAGGAUCCAUGGGGAUGUGGAGAUGGGGGAACGGGCCGUGGAGAAGCUGAUGGAGCUGAAGCCGAAUGAAGGUGGAUACUACAUUCUUCUUAGCAGCAUUUAUGCAGCUGCUGGUCGACCGGUAGAGGCUGCGGAGAUUCGGCACACCAUGAAGGAGAAGGGGGCCAGGAAGACACCUGGCUGCAGCAGCUGGGCAGGAGCGUAGCCACUGCCAUGAGCUGUUGAAAAGCUGUCUUCUUCUCCACUGGCAAUUUUUUUGCAGUGUGGCCGCAGUUGCAAAACUCACCAGAGCUGACCAAUUAGGCAGGAAGCCACAAAGCUCAUGAAAACCAUGCCUAUGGAUUGUUGAUCGCAGAAGAAAAUGGAGGGGAUGGCAGAAUUGAUGCCUGUAAAUGGAGUCUCCUAUGAAUCUUUGAAGAAAGAAUCAGCCUUUUAAGGGCAUCACAGGUUGGUCGAUAGACUUGCAGCAGCGCUUAAGUCGAAUCAUGGGGCAUUGCAUAGGUUGCUGCUGGAUGCCAGGAAGUAGUAAGGCCUUUACAUAUUGAAUCCAUGGGAAUUUUUAUAGGUUUAGUUUGGUGCACAAAGCGCUUCAGAAUCCAUCAAACUUGUCUGCCACCAAGAAAGCCAUCCAGUUAGCGGCACCAUUCGUCUCCCUAUAGAUAUGUCUGAUCCCAAAAGAGAUGCAACCUCUUGCUAAGCUCCAGAUCUCUUGAAGCAGGGGAUGGAUCCGAAUCUCCCUCGCCCACUCUUGUAGCCAACUAACAACUGUAGCCGAAUCGCCUUCCAACUAAAUGGCGUCAACUUUCAAAACACAACAGCUUAGCAUGCUGCUCUCACCUUCACUCUAGAAACCGAGAUGUUGAAGAUCAGACUCUCAACUGCUGCUUUCACUUUGGAGUUCGAGCUUUUGAUUACAAAGCCCGCACUACCCCUUCUACCACUAUUCAACAUAUACCUAUUAAAGUUGACCUCGAGGAAGCUCAUCCCAGAUGAUGAACACCAAUUGAGACGCUACAAGAGCAGAGAAGAAGUCUCAUGUGCCAAAGCUAUCAUAGGCUCACCAAGAUGAGUAGCCUGGAUGUUCUCAUCAGCAUGCAGUCUAGCCCUCUCCAGAACAAUUCUCGACGAUAGACUCCUCUCCCCAAAUAUUUAGGUGUUCCUAGCAAUCAGGCAACGUAUGCAGCCCAGAUCGCCACAGGAUGUACGUAUUUAUAUAUUUGUGUGUAUAUGUAACUUUGAAAACUUAAUCUCUCUUUUCCUCACUUUAAAUUAGUCUGCUAUGGAUUCUUGAAACAAGUAGGGCUUGCGCUUAUGGAAUUACUUCUUGGUGGAUUAUCGGCUUGCUGAGCCAUGCAUGGUAUGGCACAAGAGAAAGCUGAGUUCGAUUGGAACUUCUUCUCAA